AUGGCCACUUCGACAUCAGCUACCACAACUUCGCCCACUCCGAGCGCAACGGGGAACCCUGGUAACAAUGGAGGCUCUGGUCCCAGCUCGCCACUGCUCUUUUUUGUGGCUCUGGGCUUCGGCGUUGUCUUUACCAAUUUAUGGAUCAUUGUCGGUGUCAAAUACUGCUUCAGAUAUAAUCAACGUAACCGACAGCGCAUGAAUGGCGAAGACCCAGACGGCGUAGAUCUAGCAGCGAUGCCUCGACAACACCGCCGCAGACGCGAGAAGAAGCUGAUGACCAUUGAAGAAGUCAACGAAAAAUUCCCAUUGACAAAAUACAAGACAUGGCGUUCCAAUCGUGCCGACGAGGGUUUGCCCACCGCGGGAGGGAUAACGACUGCCUCUCGACCGGCUAGCAUACACAAUACUCAACGGGAUUCCAAGGACUCGAAGGAAAUCGAAGCUCAAGAGUUGGCGCAUGCGCAAACAAACUCUACAGCUGAAGAGAAGUCUCCGGAGCAUGGCGAACCAGAGGUGGUAGAAGCUGAAAAGAGUCAUGUGGACAAUCGACCUGUCACGCCAUCUCGGCCCAAAUCUACUCCAUCAACAGUGACACCGGGGACUCCUGUGCACAAAGUCACCAGUCACGAUGACGAUGACGAUGACGAAGAACGCAUUCAAACAGCCCUUCCUGCCGAGCAAUUACCUGAUCCUGGCGACGCCUGUGCCAUUUGUAUCGACAACAUUGACGACGACGAUGACAUCCGUGGGCUACAUUGUGGUCACGCUUUCCAUGCCUCGUGCGUUGAUCCUUGGUUGACAUCACGCCGUGCCUGUUGUCCUCUCUGCAAGGCGGAUUAUUACGUCCCCAAACCUCGACCCGAAGGUGCCGAACUGGAUCCAACAAAUGUGCAGCCCCCUCCAACGGCCUUUUCAAUUAUCGGAAAUGGUCGACCGGGCAGAAGACCAGCAAUGAUCAUACCGGGCAGAUUCAUGAGUAUUGUGUAUCAUGAUCGUGACCGGCAUGGAUUUCCCCUUGUGGUGCGUGCAGAACGGGCAGAUCCGUCAGAUCGGGAACAAGGUCGACGGCGACAAAGAGAACGAUUACCGAGCUCAAAUACUACCCCCAGUCACGAAGGAACCGAGACCCAGUCGUCAUGGAGAUCAAGAUUCGGCUUGAGGAUGCCAGGUCGUAGUCGACAAGUACAGACACAACCCGCGGCUCCGGAAGCCCAGCCUACCCCUUCACAGCUGGAAGCUGGAAGAUGA